CGUUUUAACCAGAAAAACAAUGCAGAAUUGUACGAUAUUUUUCCUACUAGCUUUAACAUUUUAUAUUUCUUAUAUAAUACUUAGCUAUUAUUAUUCGGACGCCCACACGGAUUGGCUAGAAGCUGGUCAAGACGAUAUAGAUAUUCAGAGUGUGAAUAUACAAGGAAAUAAAAGUGAGAUUUUCGAAAGCUGGAAUAGUUGUUUUACAGUGGAAAUGAUGGGUAUUGAGGACCCGGAAAUAUUCUGGAAAACAUUUGUAGUGUCCUCUAAAAAAUGUGACUAUCAAGCCGGAGUUCGUCAACUUGGAAUAGUUACUCUAAAGCACAAAAAUAAAACGAAACGAGUUUUGUUUCCGAAAGUUUUCAAUACUGGACCUCAUAAUUUGUUCACAAUUGGAGUUGGAAGAGACAUUCGAGCUGAAAAGCAGUUCAGGAGAAAAAUGCACAAACUUGGAAACAAUGUGACAUUUGUCGGGGCGGACCCAGUUCCACAUAAUGGUGACUUGUACUCUCAAAUCGGAAACUAUUUCCCUUUGGCAAUUGGAGGAAAAAGUGGAAUUUCAAAUGCACGGGUUCUUGAAAACAGCGGAUACAUUGACACGGAUAAAAUUCAUAUUGAUGUAGUCUAUUUUUUUAAAGAUCUCUUGAACGUAACUAACAUUGACAAUCUUUGGUUUGACGCGGAAGGUGAAGAAUUUGCGAAUGAUUUUUUUGAUAUUUUCUAUGAAAAUGGAAAAUUCGUGCAAAGUGGAAUAGAUCUUUGUCAAGUUAACAUUGAAAUUCAUAUAACAUCCGAUGUCGCUCACAGAAAAGAAGAAUUCAUGAAGUUCUUGAAAAGAAUAAUUCAAGAAAAACGAUUUGGGGUGUUUUUUGGAGAUGCGUUCGGACAUAUUAGGAUGUAUAUGUUUAACUACAGUAGUCAAUAUUGUUUGGAUAAAUUUUAAUAAAACACAUAAAUAAAUUCUGUUGAUUUGUUUAGUUUUGAUCUGAAAAAAAAUUCUGAAUAGUUAUGCACCUCCUUAAAUAUAUGCAACGCUU